CCACGUUGACGCUUUGCGGCCUGUCGCGAUGCGUGCUUGGUUGCUGGGCUCAGCCGGGGGCCGGCUGCUGGCGGCACUGGGAGCCGGGGGCCGGGACGCAGCGGCCAUGGCUGGGGGCAGCAUGGGGCAGAGGAUGGUCUGGGUGGAUCUGGAGAUGACCGGACUGGACAUAGAGAAGGACCAGAUCAUUGAGAUGGCUUGUCUCAUAACUGAUCCUGAUUUAAACAUUUUGGCUGAGGGUCCCAACCUGAUUAUAAACCAGCCAGAUGAGUUGCUGGAUGGCAUGUCAGAAUGGUGUAAAGAGCAUCAUGGGAAGUCUGGCCUUACUAAGGCAGUGAAAGAAAGUACAAUUUCAUUGCAGCAAGCAGAGUAUGAAUUUCUGUCCUUUGUACGACAGCAAACACCACCCGGCCUCUGUCCUCUUGCAGGAAACUCUGUUCAUGCAGAUAAGAAGUUUCUUGACAAAUAUAUGCCUCAGUUCAUGAGGCACGUUCAUUACAGGAUAAUUGAUGUGAGCACUGUCAAAGAACUUUGCAGGCGCUGGUAUCCAGAAGAAUUUGAAUUUGCACCAAAGAAGGUGGCUUCUCACAGAGCACUCGAUGACAUCAGGGAAAGCAUCAAAGAACUUCAGUUCUACAGAAAUAGCAUCUUCAAGAGGAAAACAGAGGAAAAGAAAAGAAAAUUAAUAGAAAAUGGAGAAAGUGAUAAAACUGUGAGCUGAUCUUCC